AUGAAUCAACACAAUAAGAAACGUUUCAAUAUUUAUGCACUCUUUCUUAGAAUAUAUACAAUUUGUUAUCCUUUACUUAAAAUAUUUUGUUUUUUUUGGGUCUCUAGAUUAAGUUAGACUUCAAACCCAACUGAUGGAAAAACCCAGUCAUAUUUUAAGGACUUAGAUACCCAUAAUGAUUAUCAAUGGGAUAUGAAUGCUUCAAAUUUGUUUUUGAAGAUAGAAAUAUUCCUAAUUGUGAGGCCAAAGGAAAGGACUAGAGUAAAAUGGAGUGAUGAGGAUGACUUGAAAUUACGGAUUUCAGCAUAUGAAAUAAGGACCUCAGGCUGUUGCUAAUAAGAGGAAUAAUAAGAAGCGAUACAAGAGGAGAGUAAAGUUUAAAAUUAAAUUGCAAAAGGAAAAGAAUAACAAUAUAAACAUGACACACUAAUCAAUUAAUCAUCCAAUAACAUUGUUAGGAAAUUCGAUUAAAUCUCUACCUUUUAUUCCUACUUCCAAUAAUAUGAAUCUAAUUCAAACUAGGAUACUAGAUGA